UCAAUAGUCAUAAACUAAAGGUUUAAAUUAAUUUUGAGCAUUUGUGGCCACUUCAGGGUAGGUAUAUAUAUUAAAUGAUCACAAACCUUUAAAAUUAUUUUAAAUGUCACGUCGUCAGCUAAGAAAAUAUGAGGCUCUCAAGGCACAGAUGUCUGAUGGCUCAGUCAGAAAAAAAGAAAUCAAACAAGAAGCAAGGACGGAAAUAAGUAAGGAAGACCCAACAAAAGAUUCCACUGAUGAUGACAGUGAAGAAGCUGAGAAUGUGGUCCAGCCCCUUGCUCGGAACAGAUUUGAUAUUCUUCUGGAAGACUCAGACAAUGAAGGAGAUGCAGACAGUGAGUACAGUGAGCAGCAGUCAGGCUUGGAGCACCCAGCUACUGCAGCUGCUGAUGACAUCAGCCAGCCACAACCACAGCACAAACUCAAGAAAAAGAAAAAGCUUAAAAAGAAGAAAAAAACUCAUAAUCCUACUGCAGACAAAACUGAUGCUAGUGAAGAAUUGGAGCUUGAUGAAGUAGAGGCAAGUGUGAGGGAAGUGAAUGAGCUUCUUGGGGAAGCUACAGUGGCUGAGCCUACACCUGCGGCUGUAGGUGGACAUGUUGCCAGCAGCCCACGGGAGGACUUGCUGGCAGUUGAUUACAGGUACCUGGACGCCCUCCUGGAACUGCAGCGCAUCUUUGGCAGCGACGUGGUGGCUGACAGGAGCAAGGGCGGCGCUGACAGGAGCAGAGGGAGGUACCAGGGUCGCCACAAAGUGAGCAGCAAGGCCAGCCUGCGUGGAGGUUAUCAGGCCGCCGUGCCACACGACAACGGCAUCUCCAUGACCCUUGACCCCGACCACCCUCGUACUGGGGCCAUCACCGUAUACUGCUACCGCCAUGAUACUAAAUACCAGAGGACGCAGUUGAGGUUCGACCACGUCAUGGAGGCGCGUGACCAGGAAGGCAUGCUGGAGCUGCUCCACGAGUCCCCCAGACACGUGGACACGUUGCUCCAGCUGGCAGGAAUUUUCCGGUCUCAGGAGGAUUACACGUACGCGGAUGACCUCAUCCAGCGCUGCAUCAGCGAGCUCGAGUCAUCCAUGUCAGGCUUGCGGCUGACCGAACCUACCGCGGCGCUCGAUUUCAAAAGAAUGGAGAACCGCGGGCUUUUUUACGCGCUGUUUUACCACAUGGUCGCCGUGGCAAGACGCCAGUGUUACAGAUCAGCCUUGGAGAUCUCCAAGAUUUUGAUAAGACUGAGCGCAGCAGGCGAUGAUCCUUUAGCAGUGGUCCUGAUAAUUGACUUCUACGCCUUGCGGUGUCAAGAAUACGUCUGGCUCCUCGAAUAUUACAAGAAGUAUAACGCUAAACAAAACCUGCAAAUGCUGCCUAAUUUUGCGUACUCGAUCCCCUUAGCGUAUUUCUUUUUGAGCCUGAACCAAGGUUCGUGUGUUGCGCACAAGCCCUUGAAACUGCGCCUUACUAAGGCGCAAAGCCAGUGCUACAAGGACAAGAAGGACUUGAGGACACAGGCUGACGCCAUGUUGCUGCAGGCCUUGAUUGCCUUCCCUGAAUUUUUCCUCAAAGUCAUGCAGGAAAAUGGACUUGAAAUCCAAAAGGACUUGGCGAACUCGGCUCACUUCACCGCCCCCAGAUGGCACUCGCACCCAACACACGCGCUGUGCCACGCGUACGCCGCCCGCACCGCGUCUCUGUGGAAGCAGCCCGAGGCGCUCAGCUGGCUGUGUGAGCGUGCGCGGUGCGCGUGUGAGCGCGUGGCGGCUGGGGACGCGUGCGUGGGGGAGGCGAGAGCCCUGCGCAUGGGGAGGACUGCCCACCUCCCCACCCCCGUCAUGCGCCACCUCAUCCUCACCCAGUACCCCCACGUGGGGGAGUACGUGCCCAUGGGUGUGCUGGUGAGGACGCUGGGGCGCCACCACGAUGUCAUCCCCCCGGCAGAGUCGCGGCGCUCCUACGACCCCUUCUUCCCCAGCCGCGGUGGAGACGGCCGCCCCACCCACCGCCCCACCACGGGUGAACCUCCCCAGCAACGGGGGAUGCUGGCUGAGUUCUUCUUAACUCUCUUCCCCGACAACACAAACUACACCCGCGCUGGGGAACUCGAGCCGCUGCAGGAGCGACUUGCAGCUUUUGCAGCGGCAGCUCCUGCAGCAGAAGGUGCGGCUGCAGCAGCGACCGGAGGUGCCCCAGAGGCGAUGUUGUUUUUCCUGGACUCGGCGCGGUCGCUGCUGGACGCGCUGCUGCUGCGCCAGCGCGAGGACGAUGCGGGCGACGACGCGGGUGACGAGUUGGGCGUCGGGGCUGACGAAGGCGGCGACCUUCAUCUUGCUGACACUGAUGAUGAUGGUGCAGGUCGUGGUGACGAUGAUGGUGCAGGUCGUGGUGACGAUGAUGGUGCCCGUCGUGGUGGUGAUGAUGAUGUACAGGAGCCACAAUGACGACGUACGUGCGACGAUGUAGCGACGUGCGUAAUGGGUUACGUUUGGCGCCCAAAUUGGAACAGAUCCUCACCCGUCCCCCGUCCCAGGGAAGUGGGGGGAGAGUUGGGGAUGCGGCCUGACAAUAUGGGGAUGUAGAGGCAGGGAGACAUUUCGGCUGAAUUGUAAUCCUUAUUUUACUCAUGUUUUAUUGUGUCUUUUGCGGCUCGAUGGUCGCCGUGAUGGGAUGAGUGUUGUGCGCUGUUGGGGCGUGAGAUAAAAAUAGCUUCGUAACUGAUCGUUUUAUUAUUAAAUCCUGGUCGGUCUUACCCCACGCCAACCCUGGAAAAUCUAACCAACGCUAUCCCCACUCCAACCCAAAUCUUUCCCCACUCCAACCCUUCUGUGAACGAACGAGGGUUUCAAAUUUGAUAGCCCGCGUAGCCUUAUUGCACCAGGCACUUUAACCAUGUUGCCAAUGUAAUGGUAUAAUCAAAGGUUAUCACUAAAAAGGAA